UCCUCAGUCAUAAAAUGGACAUCACAAUGCCGAUGACUCAGGUUGUUGCAACCUGAGAUGCUAUAAACUCAGGUGUUUGGCACAUGCUCAGUACAGAAAAGCUGCUACGUUUUGCUGAUAGUUAUAAAGUGCCAUCAUAUCUCUGGCGGGUUCCGGAGAGGUUCAUUGAGCCCAGCCCUUUCGCUUUACAGGUGCGGAAACAGCCUCAGAGACGGAAGCAAACCACAUGAUUGCACAAGAUCAUCUAGCACCUUACGUUUCUUGAGGGCUUCUAAUUUCAGGGGAGAAGUUCCAAUUCCUGCAGGGACUAGAGAAGGUGAGGAGGCUGACUCUACAGGUGUCUGUGACGAAGGAAUUCCUGGGAUAAGAUGCUUUUGAAAAGGAAGCUAGAUAUCUCAGGGGAGGUGCCUUCUCACCUGGGUUUAUUGCCAGCCAGAAGCCCAUCCUGAGGACACAAUGAUCAGUGAGACAGUCCCUGAAGCUGGGCAAUUUGAGACUUUUCUAUCAACGCUGGAGUUUUAAAGACAAAAGCCUUUGGUGAGCAUUGUUGAGGCCUUUCCUGGGAGGCCCUGUCCGGUCCUGCAGCUCUGCAGGAGAUGACUGUUCUUGGGGACCCUCCCUCUGAGACUGGCCUCUAGGCUCUAAGGGGCAUAACACCAGUCAGAGGCCAGGCUGGAUCUGGUAGCGACACCUCUGGAAGCUGUCCCACAGGCCUCUGCCUCUGGUGUCCAAGGGAAGCAGCUGAAAAGUGGGGCCUUAGGGGAGCUCAAGUCUUUAGUGCUGGUGGUGAUGACAAGAGUGAGGAUCAGCACUUCCUCUCUGCCAGGUGCAGGGCCAUGCCAUUCAUUUUACAUGCAUUGCUUCAUUCAGUCUUUACCAGAUCCCUGUGUGGAGGAAACUGAGGCUCGGAGGUUAAAUAAAUGACCAAGGGCACAUGGCUAGUGAGUACCACAAUUCACAACCAGAUCUCCUGGAGUAUAAGAUAGCCAGCAGCCUGCAAGUGCCAGAAGAAAGGAAAGUAACAUUGGCUUUCAAGGGGUAUGUAUUUUAUCCUCAUUUUUACAGAUGUGGAAAGAGAGGACCAGAGUUUAGCAUUUUCCCUAUGAGGCCAGGCACUGUGCCAAACACUUUGCAUAUAUUAUCUCCUCAAUCAUCCUAUCAAUCAUAACAUCCUUAUGAAGUAAGUCAUUCUGUGAUCUCAAUUUGUGGAGAUGAGGAAAUCGAGGCCCGAGACUAAAUGACUUGCUGGGGUUCCAAAACCAGGCAGUCUGACCAGAGGGCCCAGGCUCUCAACUUCUCCAGUUGCCCAGCACUGGAACAAGAUGUGGCAGGGCUGGACCAGAAGCCAGGACUGCUGACUCCCAGCCUCGAGCUCCAAGGCUAGAUGUAGGCUCUCUGUUAGAAUACCUCGCUCCUUAAAAGCGCACCUGUAGCCCAAAGGGUGAAUUCACGCCCUGCAGUUCCGGGAAACUCAGACUGGAGAAGAAGGAAGCUUUUGCUCAGGUGUUCAAGUCUGAGCAGUUGUACUGUCCUGGGGACUCUCUUUGUUUCCUCCACCGGCUGGGAGGGAGCCCUGGGCAGGGCAGGCAGGGUGGGGCAGCCCUUGUGAGUACAGGGUGGGAGGAGGGCAGGAGGCAGGCAUGCCCAAUCAAUGGGCCUAAAUCUUCCCGCCUUCAUCCAGGUGGUGCCCUCAUCUCCUGGCGGGCAAAUAGCAGGGCACGAUGAGGGCAGUUCAAGAUUGGAGUUGGGAUGCCUGAGUUCUGGUUCUGGCUCAGGCACUCACUCCCUGUGGGCAGUUUCCUUGUCCAUAGGAUGUGUGAUGGUGGUGGUCGGGAUCGAAACCUUCUAGGUUUUUCAGUUAACGCAUUAUUUAUUAAACACCUACUAUGUGCCAGGCACUGGAGACACAGCAGGUGCAAAAGCAGAUUCAGGCCCUGCAUUCAGGUGUCUUAGAGUCUAGUAAGGAGAGACACGAAGAUCAAAUCUUCACUGAAACAAAGGUAAAAUGGCAACUGUGACCAGCGUUUUAAAAGAAAGGUCUGCAGGGCUAAGGAUGCCCAUGACGGUGGGGGUGGGCAGAGAGAACGGGUUGACAGUCUGAGUGGCAAUGGGGAAGGAGGCCCUGAAGAUGUGGUUACCACGUGAAUGGCCACUGGGCAGGAGACAGCAUUCUGUGUGUAGAGGCCCUUUGUGAAAUGGUUCAUCAGAGGAAGUGGGAGAAGGCCAGUGGGCCUGGGGAAGCCGGCAGGAGCUUGGCCACUUCAAGGCAUUGUGGGCCAGAGUAAGAGAAGUCAUUGAAGUUUUCUUGGCGGGGGCGGGGCGUGAGGGGAGACAUGAGAGCGAGAGAGAGGUGGUCAAACUCAACAGAAGAUGGGUCAAUGCAUCUUUCAAGGAAAAGAUAAUGUUACCCCCUCCAAGGAGCCUUCCCUGAUUUCCCCACCUUUGACCUACGGCAGCCAAGGCAGAGCAACUCGAGCCUCCAGCCCGGGUAGGGAAAUUCAAACCUCCUGGCCAGUCAGGCCUGGGCUUUGUCUUCCUGCUAUUGAAGCGCCUUGCGGCUUCAAAAGAGGCCUUCCCGGGCCUCAGUUUCCCCGGCUGUGCAGAAGCAGGUUGUCUCGAAGGACCCGCCCAGCGCUAACGCAACGUGAUUCGCUCUGGCAGGAGCGGGGGGCUGCCCGCAUUGCUGCGCAGGCAUCGGGCUGGGGCUGGGGCACCAGCACCCAGCUGGGGGCGCUUUCCUCCCGGCUCGGGGCUGCGGGAGAGGAUCGCGGCGCCAGGCGUUGGGCAGGAAAGUGGGGGCGCGACCCCCGGCUCCGGCUCGCGCGGGCCCGCUCGGCCCCGCCCCCGCAGCCAGCGGCCCUGCGGCAGCCCGGGCCUGAGCUCCGCCCUCCGCCUCCCGCCGGCCUCGCUGCCUCCUCCCGCCUCCCUCGCUCGCUUGUUGGCUCCCUCCCCCGCGGCCGGCUCGGCGCUGACUCCGCCGCACGCUGCAGCCGCGGCUGGAAGAUGGCGGGGAACGACUGCGGCGCGCUGCUGGACGAAGAGCUCUCCUCCUUCUUCCUCAACUAUCUUGCCGACACCCAGGGUGGGGCAUCUGGGGAGGAGCAACUCUGCGCUGACUUUCCCGAGCUCGACCUGUCCCAGCUGGAUGCCAGUGACUUCGACUCGGCCACCUGCUUCGAGGAGCUGCAGUGGUGCCCGGAGAACCCCGAGACUGAACCCAUCCAGUACAGCCCCGAAGACUCGGAGCUCUUCCAGAUAAUCGACAGUGAGAAUGAAGCCCUCCUGGCAGCGCUCACCAAGACCCUGGAUGACAUCCCUGAAGAUGACGUGGGUCUGGCUGCCUUCCCGGCCCUGGACGGUGGAGAUGCACCGUCCUGUGCUUCACCUGCCCCCCUGUCUGCGCCCCCCAGUCCCUCCCUGGAGAAGCCCCCAGCCCCAGCCCCUGAGGUGGACGAGCUCUCACUGCUGCAGAAGCUCCUCCUGGCCACAUCCUCCCCGACAUCAAGCUCCGACAUCCAGAAAGAAGGGACCGCCUGGCGCCAGGCGGGCCUCAGGUCCAGAAGUCAGAGGCCUUGUGUCAAGAUGGACAGCACCCAAGACAAGAAGGGCCCCAUGACUCAGUCUCAGAGCCGGAGUUGCACGGAACUGCAUAAGCACCUCACCUCGCUGCCAUCCUGCCCCCAGGCUACAGCCCGCUCCUCAGACAUGAGCCUGCAGCCGCCACGCCCCCUUAGUCCCCGGCUCCCUGCCAAGGAGGAUGAGGAGCUGGGUGAGGACUGCCCGAGCCUCCAGGCAGCUCCAGCCUCUCCCCGGGACUACUCAGCGCCAGGCAGAGCAGGCCCUGGUGCCCAGGUCUCCCAGGAGGACAUGCAGGCGAUGGUGCAGCUCAUUCGCUACAUGCACACCUACUGUCUCCCUCAGAGGAAGCUGCCCCCACAGGCCUCAGAGCCAGCCCCGCAGCCCUGCAGCAGCCCCUCCAAGCAGAUCAGACCCCGGCCCCUGUCCCAGCACCCUUCCAAAGCCGCUUGGGCUGAGUUCUCCAUCCUGAGGGAACUUCUGGCUCAAGAUGUCCUCUGUGAUGUCAGCAAACCCUACCGGCUGGCCACGCCUGUCUACGCCUCCCUCACGCCCAGGCCCAGGCCCAGGCCCAGGCCCAAAGACAGCCAGGCCUCCCCUGGCCACCAAUCCCCCGUGGAGGAGGUGAGGGUCGCACCUUCUCCCAAGAGCACCGGGCCCAGACCCAGCCUGCGCCCACUGCGCCUGCAGGUGAAAGGGCACGUCAGCCGGUCGGCCAGGCUGCGGCAGGAGGAGGAAGAUGAGGAGGAAGGAGAGGAGGAGGAGGAAGAAGAAAAAGCAGAAGAGGAGGAGGAUGAGGAGGACGAAGAGGAGUGGGGCCGGAAAAGGCCCGGCCGAGGCCUGCCGUGGACCACGCUGGGGAAGAAGCUGGAGAGCUCGGUGUGCCCCGUGCGGCGCUCCAGGAGACUCAACCCCGAGCUGGGACCCUGGCUGACGUUCACCGACGAGUCUGAGUCGCUGGUGCCUGGGGAGCCCCAAGGAGCUCUGCCCUCACUGCGCUUGGCUCCUGGGGCCUACGACAUGGAGCGGGAGCUGGGCAGCCCCACGGACGAGGACAGUGGACAAAACCAGCAGCUCCUACGGGGACCCCAGAUUACAGCUCUGGAGAGCCCCUGUGAGAGUGGGUGUGGGGACACGGAUGAGGACCCCAGCUGCCCGCGGCUCUCUUCCAGAGACUCUCCCAGGUGCCUCAUGCUGGCCUUGUCACAAAGUGACCCUCCUUUCGACAAGAAGAGUUUUGAGCAGAACCUGACGGUGGAGCUCUGUGGCACAGCAGGACUCACCCCGCCCACCACGCCUCCGUACAAGCCCACAGAGGAGGACCCCUUCAAACCGGACAUCAAGCACAGCCCAGGCAAGGACAUGGCUCCCAGCCUCCCCUGCCCCAAGGGCCUCCAGCUUGGGGCCACCACAGGGGCUGCCCACAAGCUGCCAAAGAAGCGCCCCGAGCGGAGUGAGCUCUUGUCGCACCUGCGGCAUGCCACAGCCCAGCCAGCCUCCCAGGCUGGUCAGAAGCGCCCCUUCUCCUGUUCCUUUGGAGACCACGACUACUGCCAGGUGCUCAAGCCAGAGGGCACCCUGCAGAGGAAGGUGCUGAGGUCCUGGGAGCCGUCUGGGGUGCACCUUGAGGACUGGCCCCCGCGAGGUACCCCGCAGGCUGAGGCUCAGGCCUCCGGCAGGGAGGAAGACAAAAGCCGUGAUGCCGGCUCCUCCCCGAAGGACAGCAUGCUCUUGAGAGACCACGAGAUCCGCGCCAGCCUCACCAAGCACUUUGGUCUCCUGGAGACUGCCCUGGAGGACGAAGACCUGGCCUCCUGCAAGAGCCCCGAAUACGACACUGUCUUUGAGGACAGCAGCAGCAGCAGUGGCGAGAGCAGCUUCCUCCUGGAAGAGGAGGAGGAGGACGAUGAAGAUGAGGACUCAGGGGUCAGCCCCCCUUGCUCUGACCACUGCCCCUAUCAGAGCCCGCCGGGCAAGGCCAGUCGGCAGCUCUGUUCCCGCAGCCGCUCCAGCUCCGGCUCCUCAUCCUGCUGCUCCCGCUCACCCGCCACCCGAAGGACCUUCAGAUGUGAGAGCAGAGGGCCGUGUUCAGACGGAACGCCAAGCGUCCGGCAUGCCAGGAAGCAGCGGGAAAAGGCCAUUGGCGAAGGCCGCGUGGUGUACAUUCGAAAUCUCUCCAGCGACAUGAGCUCCCGUGAGCUGAAGAGGCGCUUUGAAGUGUUUGGCGAGAUUGUAGAGUGCCAGGUGCUGACGAGAAGCAAGCGGGGCGAGAAGUACGGCUUCAUCACCUACCGGCGUUCUGAGCACGCCGCACUCUCGCUGAGGAAUGGCGCUGCCCUGCGGAAGCGCAACGAGCCCUCGCUCCAGCUGAGCCUCGGAGGGCUGCGGCAGUUCUGCUGGCCCAGACACACUGACUACGAUUCCAAUUCAGAAGAGGCCCUUCCUGCGUCAGUGAAAAACAAGUAUGAAGCCAUGGAUUUUGACAGCUUGCUGAAGGAGGCCCAGCGGAGCCUGCAUUGAUAACAGCCUUAACCUUCGAGGAUAUACCUCAAUACCUCAGACAAGGCCCUUCCAAUAUGUUUACGUUUUCAAAGAAAUUAAGUAUAUGAGAAGGCGAGAGAGCGAGCGCGUGAGAGAACACACGUAAGAGAGAGAGAGAGAGAGACUUGAAACUGCUGUCCUUUUAAAAAAAAAUCAAUGUUUACAUUGAACAAAGCUGCUUCUGUCUGUGAGUUUCCAUGGUGUUGACGUCCCACUGCCACAUUAGUGUCCUCGCUCCUGACGGGUUGUCCCGGGUGCGUCUCCAGUGCUGGGUCGGUCACCCAUCUCCCCUUCCUUCCCGACCGACUUCCCCUCGUAGACAUGCAGCCAUGUUCACCAUGACAUUUCUUGUCUGUAGUGUGUGAUGAUGAAAUUGUUACUCGUGAAUAGAAUCAGGAUUAUAAACUCAUUUUUAAUUGAAGAAAAAAAAGUAUAUCCUUAAAAUAAUGUAUUUAUGGCUCAGACGUUCUGUGCCUGGGAUUAUUGUAUCGCUUCCUUGGUUUUUAACUAUGCACUGUCAUGAGGUGUUUGCCACUGGGCUGCUGUGCUCCCUUUGCCAGAACGCCCCCGAGGUGCUGGGUGGCCAGCAGGCUGGUCCCCGGGGAGGCACGGCCUGCAGCCACGACUAGGAGCCAUGGAGACAGGUUUCUGGGCCUCUUCUGCCAAGCCCUGCCCUUCUCUCAUCCAGCAGCUUUGGGUCUGGUUACAAUCAGAGCCCUCAUCUGGUGCCCAGCUCGUGCUAGAGUUUGUGCCUGGCCAUGAGUGCUCAGAUCCUCACGGGCUUGUAAGGGAGGCAUGUGAGCUGCAUUAUUUCAUUUUUUCCAGGGGAGGCAGGUAGUGCCCCGAGAGGCAAAAUGACUUGCCCACGGUCUCACGGCCAGGGAGAGGGCAGAGCAGCGACCCAGCCCAGGCCUCCUGUUUCCUGCAGGACUUAUGCUCCUGCAGUCACUGGGGUAAAGAUGCGGAGUUUCAGGGGCUGGUGGAAGUGAAUUCAGCUAAAUUGGGCAACAGGCUAGAUGCCUAGGGGCUCAUUUUGGGAGUUAAGUCAACAGCUAACUCGCCAGCCUUAGGCGAGUUCAGGCUCUGGCACGUGUCUUGAUCCAAGGGGUCCUGUGGUUUGCCUACACCUGUGGACACACCAUCAGAACUUUAGUGACACACCUAGAGUGGCAUGGGCAGGUGAUCUGGGAGCAGUCAUCCUUUCUGGGCCAGCCACCAACCCAUCCUACUCCCUUCAGCUUGUGUUUCCCUUUCCCUCGCCUGAGAAGUUGUUUUGGUGGCGGGGGCCACAGAAGGGAAUGGGAGGGGUGGAGGCGGGGUAAGACAAUCUCCAAGCUCCUUUUCAACUUAGAGCACAUUCUAAUCAGGCUUCACUUUAAAGUUUGUGUUCUUGAGUGAUGGCAAAGCCACGUCCAGCUUGGAUGUUCUGCGGGUGCCUUGGAGGCUGUUCAGGAGGGAGGGCGUGGCCAGCAGGGUGUGGGCACAUUGCUUCUGCGUCAGACAAAUCAAGCACCUCCAACUUGAUCUCUUUCAGACAUCAGGGUUCCCUGGGAAGUUUUUGUAUUUAAAAGAAAAAAGGCCCUGCUGCUUUAAAAGCGUUUGAAACUGACUUAUUAAACUAAACAAGCUAAUUUAAUAUAUUCCUAGUGCCAGGCCUAGUCCUCUGAGAAUUGGUAGUUGAUUUUUUUUUUUUUUAAGAUAAUCAAAUACCUCAGUAGGUAAACUGGGCUGAUGAACUUGUCCUAGGCGAUAAGUAUACUUCAAGCCCAUGGAGAAGGGUGGAGGAGACAGGCUUUAGAAGGAAUAGAGAAUUUGAGCACCUGUGUGUCAAGUCAUUGACUUCUCUGGGUCCCAAUUUUCUUUUCUGUGAAAUGGACUGAGGGAGAGAAUGAGGCAAGUUGAUCUGCAAAGUCCCUGCCAGCUCUAACAGUCUUAGUUUCUAUGAAGGCAUGGUCUAGCUCAAGAUGGCAGAUACAUGGCAUGUGCACCACUACUCCUACAUCCUUGGCCAGUGGCAGGCAUAACUAAUUGACCACAGCACUCAUGUUCUUUGAGCUCAGUCAUGCUAUUGAAAUCCUCAACACAGUGGUCUGGGCAGCCAUUACUAAUUGAUCAGAGUUUAACCUAUUCGACAUCCUGGCCUAUCUUUGAAAGGUUUCCAUCACACAGAAACAUGGUGGCUGGGUUUCAUGCUGGCCCAUCCCCGUCUGUCAUACCCUGAUCUAUGAGAAAAAAGUCCCCUAAAGCCAUUCCCUGGCACAGGACUCCCAAUACUACUGUGACACACAGUCCCAUUUGGGACCUGGGGUGGGGGUGGGGAGGGGAAUAGUGGACAUGAACGUGUUUGGGAAAGGCAGGGUUUAUGAGGAUGGACACCAAAAAAGGGACUUUCCACAGCACAGACCUGAACAUUCUAAAUUCCUUUUCUAGCUGUUCACUGCCUAGCACACAGUAGGCACACAGUACGUGGUUAUGGAAUACAAUGGAAUCAAAUCGAAUUUAAAUCCAUCUGCUGCCUCCCCUAAGGCCUCGUUUGCACCGAGGAGUAACCUGAGUUCACUGCGCGGAAGCCGGUGGGAAAGCACUCUCUGGAUUCAGAGUUGGACUCGGUCCCCUCUAAGCCCCUCCUCUGGGCUUCUUCCUCCAUUGCACUAGGCCAGAGGCUCUCCCGUGGGCAGGUGGUACUUUAGGGUAAAGAAAUGCAGAUUUUUAGGGAAGGACAAGUUUCUCCCUCCCCUCUUCUGGGUCAGCUGAAGCUGCCCUUUCACUUCAGAUUAGUGCAGGACACUUAUUUCUUAGACAUUGGCCCUUGAGCAGAGCAGAGAUCUGAGUGUGGCGUUGGGACAUAAGGUCAGAGCUGGGGGCCGGUGAUGGGAGAGGUUGCCUUCCAAGAGCAUCAAGCAGUUUCUGCUUACCAUCCAGUAUGUAAAAGGCUACAGGUUCUAAAACUGGCUGACCCUGCAGACAACCUCAAUCCGGAAGACUCAUUCGGUGCUGUGUAUUAUUUAUCAAGGAGACUCCAAGGUCUCUCCAGGAAAACUAGUCAACCUUGGUCUCUUUCCCACCAAAUUAAGGAGUAACCCAGAGGGAGCAGCUGCCAUUGGCAACCAUCUCGUUGUAGCUCUGUCCUAGUGUUUGCUCUCGAUGAUGUUUACAUGUGACUGCCAUAAAAGCUUACUGUAGACUGUGUCGAUAGCCGCCCACACAGGGCAGGUUGUACUGUCUGUCUCUGUGCCGUGCUGGUGUCUCCCAAAAUGUCUGAUCCAACCGCUAAGUGGAAUUCUUCCAUCUCCUUCCUCAGUCUACAAGACUGAAUCAGAAUCCUCAUUCUCGGGGGCUCUGGUUACCGAAGGAAAAUGCAUCAAAGAGGUAAAGGAUAUGAGUGGAUGGAGUGCAGCUAAGCCCCACCCCCAGUCCUGCUUACCCCAUCACAGCUUGCCCCCCCAACCUGAGAACUGCUUGGAGUCAAAAAGCACCAGUCAGGUGUCUGCAUCUGCCAUGAGAUCUCACAGCAUUGCGUGUGGAAUGUGCUCAGCAGAGAGGCAGGGCUCCGGGGGGCUUUGGGGCUGGGAAGAGGGAAGAAGGAAUGCUCUGAGCUUCGAAGACUCAGUACCCGAGUCCUGAUGUGGGAAGAGAUGCAACAGGAAGUCUUUCAUUGCCUAAAGCCUAUGCUUGUUGAUGUUCUGAGAGAGAUUUCUUCUAGGCGUGUGCAACACGCAUGCCGAGGCCACUGGGCAGGUGGUGAGUGGAGGGGGCAGGAGGCACUGACGUGUGAUCCUUCUGCGUGAACAGGUGGGAAACCCAUCCCAGGCCUCGGGUUCAGUUGAAGUCACAGCUGAGCCUGCAGCUUGAGAGCUGGGUCAUCCCAACGGUGAAGCAGAAUCAGCCCCAGAGGAUUUGUGAUAUGACCAAGGAAAGACAUUGGAUGGACAGUAGCAGAUAAAGUGAACCUAAUAGUUUCAUUGGCCAAAGAAAGGGGACCCGCUCACCCUUCCCACUGGGGCAGAAGGAGACCCAUUAGUACUUCUGUGCAACAUGUGUAAGCUGGCCCCCAAGUCCCUGAGGCAUUUGCACACACGAGUGGGCUCCAGGGCUACUUGCCGAGUCCAGAGGUACAGGGUGAAUGGAGGGAGAGCUUGGGAGCUGGGAACCCACUUGCACAGGGAUGCCCUUGACCCAAAACAGGCACGGGGUCAGGGGAGCCCCUGGGAGCCAGCUGCAGGACGUCCAGGAGGUAGCCAGAAGCUAACUUUGCAUUGAACCAAUAAAAGCACUUUGAGAAAACCACAACACUGCAGCCUGGCUCCAUGUCUCUACGCUGGCAAACGUAGGUCUCCUUUGGCUGUGUGAGGUCCUCUCCUAGGGACUGGGACACAGGGUCGGCAGGGGGGCUGGUGCGAGGGAGGAGAGAGCUGAGAGGCCUUCCUAGAUACUAGCAGCAGGAGAACCAAUCCUAGGUGGCCCUUUGCUGGCCUCUUUGUUGGAGGCCCUAGAAACAGGAAAUGGUGAGUUUCAAUCUUGGUACCUACUUUUGUAAAAAAAAACCAAACAAAACAAAUUAAAACAGCCCGACUGAUUGAUUGAAAUGUGUUUGUGGAGCAAGUCAUUUAACUGUAAGCCAUCUCGGAGUGAGAAACCCAGUGUUUCUUACUUGCCAUGUCAUCUUGGGCUCUUGUUUCCUCAUCUAGCAAAAUGAGAAUAUUGGAUGGGAUGAGCACUAAGGCCCUUUCACCUCUGACGGGCUCAGAUUCCCAUGCUGGAGCAUCGGGCAUCCAUCACCAACCGGCGAAACCAAUUCCCUUCUCUGGCUGAGCUGAGCUCGUGUUCAGGGGGAGACUGCUCGCUCGGCAAGGUCACCCAGCAGCAACAGACUCAAACGCACACAGUCCUGGCCGAGUUACCUUAUUCCAGGAGGCCCACUCCCCAGGGCAGAUCUAAGCCAUAGUUUCUGGUGGGGACGGUGAGAAGUUAACCCCCAGCGCGGCUAGGUGGCGAUGUCAAAUCUCACAUUAGCCUUGUCAGCGUCCCCACCGAACAGCUUUUAAUCCGAAUGUUGUGACCACUUGGCUGUUUCUCUCUUGCUCUCAGACAAUACUAGCAAUACACUUGUGUUUUCAAAACAGCUUAACUUAGGGCACUUUUCGCACAUUUCUUUCAAAUGAUUGUAAAACAUAUGGGACAACAGGAGGCACUGAUCCCACUGAAUGUGUUUAGGGCAGCUUUUGUUUUCUGUUUCUUUAAUGGUAUAGCAGCGGGGACUGAGGCUUCGAGAUUGAGGGGGGGACAGAUUCUCCCAUAUUCCGUUGCAUCCGAAUGCCUUGCACGUGCAGAAGCAGCACAGAAAUCCAACUGCCCGAACUGGGGGCUUAGAAAAAAUGGUUUUGCUGACGGUCACUGUCUGGGCCGUGCACCCCCUCCCAAAGAGCUGUUUCUAUAGCUAGAAACUGCUCUGUGCUGUAUCUUCCGUCGAAGGAUCCUCCAGGGAAGCCUGAUAAAGCCUCCUCUUCCACUCUGCCAGCCUUGCUCCCGGGUGACUUGGAAAGGGACCGGUUGGUCAGCCUCCACCUCAGCACUUUGCCUUAUCAAUGUCUAGUCGCCAUCUAGUGGCCAAAGACUGUAUCCACCAGCUACCCAGAUGGAAGGCAAAUGAAUCCUUUCUGCCACCUUGCUGUCCAGCACCAACUUUGGGAAGGAAAUGUAAUGUCAUGAGCAAACUGUCCAUAUGUUUAGAGCCCAGUGUCACACCAGUCAGAAGACUCCAGAAGCAGCCACUUAGUAGAUGCUCACGCAGAUGCAAGUGCACCAGCUGUCCUGUGGGCAGAGGAGACAGGAGUGGACCCUGUGUCCGGGUGCCCGGGAGGGGUUUACUGUAACUGCAAUACUGGCAGCCCAGCUGCUGUCCUUGUUAAGUGAACCUCUGCUAGGUGGCCCGCACUGUACCCUCGGGACAAGCCAAGAGGGUGGGUGUGAGGAUUCUGUGCGGGGGCUGGCCAUGGCCUUUGAUAUGGUCCACCAAAUAGCCAAACAGGUUAUUCUUUUGUUGUUAGUUUGUGUUUGUUUUCGUAUUUUGUACUUAAAAAUCUUGUCAAGUGUUUUUGUGUUAGGAAUAAAAAGUCAUAAACUCUUCCCAACUUUGUUUCUUGAUGGAUGUUCUGAUUCCAAGAGAAACAGGUUGGAAAUCUCAAGGGGCGUGUGGUCAGUGGAACAGAGAAGUGGACCACUUGGGUUUCCAGACGGUUUCUGGGGGAGAUGACCACCCGGAAGUCUGGCUUGGUGCAUUCUGCUCUGGAAUUUGUACCCACCCCUUCACCUCCUUGUGCCAAGGUAUUAGCAUCGGCUUUGAGCAUCUGCCUCUAUCAGAGGCAGCUGCUAAUGUUGAAACCAACACAAGAUCCCUCUCCCCAACCCCAGGUUUCUAAAGAGACAGUGUCUGUAGCUAGCCUUAAUCGACUGGGCAAGGUGGUCCCUAUGGUCCCUUCCAGCGGUUCCAGAUCUUGGACUCAAAUCCUUUUCUCUUGGUGUGACCAUGCAGCCUAGAGAAUUCUGAGCAAUAGGGAGUCAGGGCUUUCCCUGGCUCUGUGACAGGGUCAAACCAGGGAAUGGCUAAACUUGUGAGUUUGGGCAUCCCCAGGGGUACUACCAUAGGGGGCAUUAUUUAUUAGGAAGCUCAACAAGGUAACUACAGCCUGGGGUGCAUGAGCGCAAGGCUGUGUGUGUGUGUGUGUGCGCGUGUGUGUGUGUGUGCGUGUGUGUGUGUCUGCGUGUGCACGCCUGUUUGUGUGUAUGUGUGGAAUUACAUUGAUGCAUUUCUUGAGAAAGGUGCAAGAAUUUCACCUACACAGAGGGACACAUCUGCUUUGUUAUUUAUAAUAGAAAGCUAAAUUUUAAUUUUUUAAAGGACACUGCUACUGAUUGAGAAUCGAGUUUUUAGUUUUGCUAUUUUUUUUAAUUGGUAGAGGAUUUUUAUAUAUUUUUUCCAUUUUGUUGGGUUGUGUCCUUAUUUAUAUAAAUACUUUAUCUGUAAGAGGCAAGGAAGAAACCUUCCUUGCUUUUAAUUAUUGUGGUCGUCAUCCCCCCCCCCCUAUUUUAUUUCUGGUGUGAUUUAUCUGUCUUACCUUCUAAAUGAGAAAAUGUUUUCCUGUAUUUGUACAUUGUCAGAUUCUAUAGUUUCAUAGAUAAUUUAACCAAAUUGCUCUAUGUAUUAUUAUUCCGUGAGUAUAAAGUUCUAUUUUAACGUCUGUAAAUACUCCAGAACUGGCUUCUUUUCUCAAACUCCUGCUGUGGAGUUACUGUUUACAUCACAAAAACUGUAGAAUCUCUAUGCUCAUGUACUGUAAAUAGUGAAGUGAUCUGCUUAUAAAUAAACUUAACAAAUACACUAUGGAGAUUAAAGAAAAUACCACCCACA